AUGAUGGAGAUUAACAGAUUCAUGAAACUAUUGAGUGUGCUGAUGUUUGUACUUUCACUGUGCAUGAAGCUCAAUUCAGUAUCUGCUGAAGUUAGGUGCAUAGAGAGGGAAAGACAAGCUCUUCUGAAGUUUAAGCAUGACCUUGUUGAUGCAAAUGGCGUUCUCUCAUCUUGGGGAAGUGAAGAAGAUAAAAAGGAAUGUUGCAAAUGGAAAGGCGUCUCCUGUAGCAACAGAACUGGUCAUGUAAUUUUACUUAAGCUGGAUGCAAAUGGAAGUAAGUCUUCUCUUCGUUUGAAGGCUAAGCUUAGCCUCUCACUGCUUGGGUUGCAACAUUUGAAUUAUUUGGACCUGAGUGGUAAUGAUUUUGGAGGAAGUGAAAUACCAAGAGUCAUUGGUUCCUUCAGGAACUUAAGGCACUUGAUGCUCAGAAGCUCAAACUUCGGUGGUGAAGUUCCUUGCGAACUUGGGAACCUUACAAAUCUGAAUACUCUUGACCUUAGUGGUAACAAUUUGAGAAUCAAGAAUUUUGAUUGUCUUUCUCAUCAUUCUUCGUUAUCAUUUCUUGACUUGAGUGAUGUUAACCUUAUAAAUCAAACCAGCUGGUUGCACCACAUAACAAGGUUCCCUUUCCUCGAGGUACUGCACUUAGCAAGCUGUCAACUUCCCAACCCAGUGCUUUCUUUUGAUAUCUUUACCAAUUCUUCUUUAUCCCAACUAUCUAUCCUCGACCUAUCCUUCAACUAUCUCACUUCCUUAUCCACAUUAAGCAGGAUGUUUAACAUUAGUGCAAGUCUUAAAUGCAUUGACCUCUCCUAUAAUCAAUUAGAGGGUCAUAUUCCUGAUUCCUUUGGGAAAUUGUUUUUUCUUGAAGAUCUUUCUUUGAAUGACAAUAAGUUGCACGGUGGGAUUCCAAGCUCUUUGCGUAAUUUACAUACACUAGAUAUAUCAUCCAAUGAAUUAAAUCGUCUCUUGCCAGAUAAUACCACAUUUUCAUCCUUAUCAUCUUUGGACCUUCGUAACAAUAAGUUGAAUGCGUCUUACACACAAUGCCUUGGGCAAGCUUUAGUUCUUGGUUAUUUAGAUUUAUCUUACAAUCAAUUAAAAAGGCUGCCUGAAGGUAUUGAGAAACUUUCCAAUCUCAGACAAUUAAGAAUGUCUUCAAAUUUGUUGGAAGAUACAAUCACCGAAAGUCACCUCUCAAACUUUGCCAACUUAGGAGAGCUUGAUUUAUCCUUGAACUCCUUGACUUUCAAUUUGAGCUCAGAUUGGAUUCCUCCUUUUCAAUUGUAUUCACUAUACCUCGGCAAUUGUCAUUUGGGACCUCAUUUUCCAAAUUGGAUUCAAACUCAGAAAACUCUUGAAGGGCUUAAUAUCUCUUUUGCCGGUAUAUCAGAUGCAAUUCCCAAUUGGUUGUGGAAUAUGUCUUCUUUGGUAAUCUUGGAUCUUUCUCAUAACAAUAUUAGGGGUAAAAUUCCUAAUGUGCCCUCACAGUCGACUGUUCAAAUUUUUAUAGAUUUAAGCUACAAUAAUAUUUCAGGUCCAAUUCCAUUAUUUCUUUUUUAUUAUACAGAAAUAAAACUUUCCAAAAAUAUGUUUUCGGGAUCCAUUUUUCACUUAUGCACAAUUCCUAAGGGAUCCGUCGUCCACACGCUUGAUCUCUCAGACAACCAAUUGGCAGGAGAGGUUCCCAAUUGCUGGAUGAACAUAAGCGAAUUACUUGUUCUGGAUUUGGCAAAUAAUAAGUUCUCAGGUAAGAUUCCCCUCACUUUGGGCACUUUGGAUAUGCUCCAAGUAUUACACUUGCGUGGCAAUAAUUUCAUUGGUGACUUGCCUUCGACUUUGAGGAACUGCAGGGGGCUGAGAAUGCUUGAUGUGGGAGGAAACAAGUUAACAGGUAAUAUUCCAGCAUGGAUAGGAACUCACUUAACAAGUCUGACAUUUCUUAGCCUCCGAUUUAAUGAAUUUGAUGGAAUCAUGCCUUCCACGAUUUGCCUCCUUACCAAUAUCCAUGUCUUGGACCUUUCUAGAAACAACAUUUCAGGAAGAAUAUUGCGAUGUUUAAACAAUUUUACGGCUUUAGUUCAGAAGAAUAGUUCAAUUGAAAAUGCUGCACAAUCUAAACUUGAUAACCUAUCAGUUACUGUGUAUGUUGGCAGUAGUUAUGUCAACAGUGCUUUUGUUCAAUGGAAAGGACAAGAUUCUGAAUGGAGAACAGUAGGACUUUUGAAAGGCAUUGAUCUAUCAGGAAAUAAGUUUGUUGGAACUAUUCCUCAAGAGUUUUCUGCUUUAAGAGGUUUAGUUUUUUUGAACUUAUCUAGAAAUCAUUUGACGGGAAAUAUUAUUUCGAACAUUGGUCAAAUGGAGAUGUUAGAAAGUCUUGACUUGUCUAGAAACCAGCUUUCAGGGGAAAUACCAAAUAGCCUUGCAGAUCUAAAUUUUCUCGACGUUUUGGACUUAUCGUACAAUAAUUUUACUGGAAAGAUUCCUUUAGGCACUCAACUACAAAGCUUCAACUCCUCUGUAUAUGCUGGGAAUAGCCAACUUUGUGGAGAGCCUCUGGCUAAGUGUCCAGGAGACAUUUCUGACGGUUCUGCUAUUGAUCACGGAGAGGGGAAUAGUUUUGAAGAUGAUGAUGGUCCUCAAGCAUUCUUGGAGGCAUUCCUACUUCAACUGGUGGAACAACGUUGGGAAUUGGAUGUACGUGACAACAACAAUCUAUGUCACGAGAUUCAAGAGAAAACUUCUGAAAUGAAGAAGCCCCUUUCGGGAAACAAGAAAUGGUCGACUAUCAUUCAAACAAGUUGUUGGCUGGACUGGAGAGGUACAUGGACUACGGAUGGCAUUGUUUCUGCUCUAGUUAACGCCAUUUUCUAUUUUUCUAAGUAUUUGUAA